GAAUUGAAUCGGUUCAACGAACUUAAUCCAUAUUGAUGGUUCUACCCCUCCCGUUCCCGUUCCCCUCCCCCAAAAAAUGAAAAAGAAAAAACGUAAUUCCCAAAAAGUUAGGAAGAGAGAUUCCGUUUGUAUGAAACAGCCGCCACUCUUCUUGCUUGGCGCCCUUAUGUCCACGCCACGACUUUCAUUUUGCUUCGCAUUUCAACCUUCUUCAUGCAACUUAUUCAUUAAAUUAAUUCACAAUGGAUAAAUCAAAGUAUUUCCACCUCCAACAACCGAACAAAACCCCUAGAAAUUUCUAUCAAUUUCAAUACGAAAAACAAAAAUAGUUCAUUCAUUCCCCAAAAGCUGCAAAUUCUCUGUAAGAUAUCAAACAAUUCAAAAAUCACAGAAAACAUUAGGAAUUUCAAUUAAUUCUUAUUAAAAAAAAAAACUGUUCAACCCCAAAAGCUACAUUCUUUUUUUUUUUUUGAAAUUGAAAAAAAUUUGAUGGUGGGAUCAUCAUCAACAAAGCAGGGGCUGCUUUCAUGGAUAGUGGCAGCUACUGCAACAAGAAGCACCGUUGAUUUCGACAAAAACGUCGCCGUUUCUGAUGGGGACUCGCAUUCACAUGCCAACAUCAACUUUAGCGAUGAGAAUUUGGGUUUUGGAGAGAGGGCUAUUUCCGCCGCCGGCGCUGCUGUUCUCUCCGCCAUCCUCGUUAACCCUCUUGAUGUUGCCAAGACAAGGUUGCAAGCUCAGGCUGCUGGUGUCCCUUAUGACACCCUCUGUAGUUUGGGACAUCUUCAUUCAAAUUCAGUGCUGACGGGUGUGAAGUACAACUCAGCAGGCACUCGUGCUGUUCUUGGUGCUGAACCAACAUGUUCCCCAGAGUGUUUUCGAUAUAAAGGAACGCUUGAUGUCUUCUGUAAAGUAAUACGUCAGGAAGGAUUUACCAGAUUGUGGAGAGGCACUAAUGCAAGUCUAACAUUGGCAAUCCCUUCUGUGGGUAUAUAUUUGCCUCUUUAUGACAUUUUCCGCAACUCUAUGGAAGAUUAUACAUUACGCAAUAUACCAAUUGCUACUCCAUAUGUCCCCUUGGUAGCAGGAUCCUUAGCACGUUCCAUUGCUUGCGUCACGUGCUAUCCAAUUGAGCUUGCAAGAACACGUAUGCAGGCCUUCAAAGACACCAAAAAUGGCAUGAAGCCUCCAGGAGUGUGGAAGACGUUAGUUGGGGUCGUUUCUCCAGUCAAUGGUGCAAACAGCUUUCAAAAUUCAAUGCAGGUCUACCGCCUCCUCUGGACUGGUCUGGGGGCACAACUAGCUCGUGAUGUUCCUUUCUCUGCAAUUUGCUGGUCUACUCUUGAGCCAGUUAGGAGGAAGCUACUAGGCAUGGUGGGAGAUGAAGCAAGCGCGACAACUGUCCUUGGUGCAAACUUCUCUGCUGGAUUUGUUGCAGGAAGUCUCGCAGCUUUUGCAACAUGUCCUUUAGAUGUUGCAAGAACUAGGAGACAAAUAGAGAAUGAUCCUGAACGAGCACUGAGAAUGACCACAAGACAAACAUUGGUUGAGAUAUGGAGGGAUGGGAGAUUUAAGGGAAUGUUCACUGGAGUUGGCCCCCGAGUUGCCCGAGCAGGACCUUCAGUUGGGAUUGUCGUUUCCUUCUAUGAGGUGGUAAAAUAUGGUUUGCGCCAUAGGCAUAUGCAUCGACAGAGCGAAGGUGCUGAUCUAUAGCAUUAUAAUGUAGCUUCCAAGCCACUGAAGCAGGUGAUAUUAGCACAACUUCUACCAGUAAGACACUCCCAAAGACCCCCGGCUGUUGCAGUGAUUCAUCACAGGGUAAUCCCUUCUAACCCAAUUUUCGCCUGUAAGGCUUGAAGGUUAAUUUAUUCAAUCAAGUGAAGAAGUUUCUCCAGUGAUUGGAAGCACUUGUCCCACAGUAACUAUAGUCCCACAUUCGUAUUACAACUGUACUGUGUACCCUUACUGCAUUGCAGAAACUUUAGACUGUAAACAAAAGACCAGUUGUAGGAAAUUUCCUGAAGGGGGAAGGUUGCUUGCAAAAUGCUUGAGGAAGUGACUUACACUAGUGCACAAAAUGGGCCCCGUCUCCAAAUAAGUGACGCUUUUAACUCAUUUCAAGUCUAUUAAGAAAUAUUAGAUGUUUUUUUGAGAA